AGCCGCUGUUCCUCCUCUGCCUGAGCGCGCUCUGGCUGGAUACCGCACCGCGGUCAGGUGGGGAGCUGGAGCUCAGCUGAAAGCACAAGGUCUCCAUUGAUAGAAGAUAUAAAAACAUAGUUAUGAUACAGAGAGAAGAUGAUGUGGAUGAAAGAGCAGCGGAGGCGGAAUAGAUCGGAUCCGCCGCGAUGAGCGCCUCUUUCCCCAAAUCUGAAUCCACCACAUCUUUACUCAAACCAUCGAGGAGAUCGACACACCUCCCCGAUCAGACAUCAGAGAUCCGGAGAGGUCAGCAUCACCAUCAGCACCACUACCGUCCCGCCCCGCUCCACAGCAGCGGAAAACCAGACGACUCCUUCUGGUCGGCGGACGGCGACGUCAGCGCGCGCAGACCCCUGUGCCAUCCCUCCGCGGCCGGCGGCCAGGAGGGGAGCCAUGCCGCAGCCGCACGGGGCAAACCCAAGCCCCAAGGUUCCCCUCAGCCGGCGGACAGAGAGGUGAACCCCAAACCCGCACACCGUCACCACCACCACCACCACCGCAGGAAGCACCACCACCUAGAUGACCCCGAGCAUCACCUCCCCUGUCACGCGCACGCCCGCAGGCUGCCCUCCCUCUCGGACAGCACCGAUGACAGGGCCCCGCUGUGUGAGCCCAGGGACCGGAAGAGGAGCAGCACGGCCGGCGGCGGCGGUCAGCUCGGCAGUCCCUCCCCGUCCUCCUGCUCCCCUGUCCCGCCGUCCAACAGGUCGUCCCGCCGCUCCAGGAGGUCCAGCGCUGCUUCCUCCGCAUCCGACAUCAAUUUGAGGAGCAUCCUUAACUCCCUGUUCGGGCAGGACAGAGAGCUGCGACCGGAAGAAAUGGACGAGCUGCGAGAUGCAUUCAAGGAAUUUGAUAAAGACAAGGAUGGCUUCAUAAGCUGCAAAGAUCUGGGAAACUGUAUGAGGACCAUGGGAUACAUGCCGACCGAAAUGGAGCUGAUAGAACUGAGUCAGCAGAUAAACAUGAACCUUGGCGGCCAUGUUGAUUUUGACGAUUUUGUGGAGCUAAUGGGCCCAAAACUCCUCGCUGAAACUGCAGACAUGAUCGGGAUAAAGGAGUUAAAGGACGCGUUUAGGGAGUUUGACACAAACGGGGACGGCGCCAUAAGCACCACUGAGCUAAGAGAUGCAAUGAGGAAGUUAUUGGGCCAACAAGUGGGUCUUAAAGAGGUAGAAGACAUCCUAAAGGACGUGGACUUAAAUGGGGAUGGACUUGUUGACUUUGAAGAGUUCGUACGGAUGAUGUCUCGCUAAAAUCAGAUCUCGGUCCUGAAUGUGGCGCCGCGUCCCUCUUCACACUGAAACCCCGUCCAGCUAAAGGAAGAGCCAAGAUCUACUGAGCCAUCUUUGAAUCUAAACCACACUGGAAUCCAAACUCCUCGAAUGUUACAGAGCGAGGGGCUCACCUCCCACUUUAGGUCGAUGAAGUGUUCUUCCUAAAAACGUUUAAAGUUGAACUGAGGCAGAGUUUGCUGUAGCAUAGCAAAGGAUUGUCUAAUUUAUGUUUUUUGCACUUUAUUUCUCUCUUAAUAACUUCCUGUGAGAUAGAUUGUCCGUGUCCUGUCUCAGACUCUACAUGGUGUAACUAAGUGUCUUAUAAAAAUGUCACCUUCGAUGUUUCAGCGGCAUUAGAAUAAGAGACUGAAUGUAGGACCCACAGAACAUUAGCACUGUUGAAUGUUUAUCUAUUCACACGUUGUCUGUUGUAUUAGAAAUGUACUUGAAGGACCUUUGUGCAGCAAUGGUGCUUCACCAAGAAUCAAGGUGGCAAUACCAAACAUGUAAUGUAAUUUGUGACCAUGUGUAAUUUUUCACUGUGCUAAAACCAUUUCAAUGAAAAGGCAUCACUGUCUGACAUGCAUGAAAGGAAGAAAUCUGGUCCUAAUACGAAGCAAAUACCUGAAAUGCCUCCAUAUGUGUUAUUCACUGAGAUCGGCAGAAGAACAAGGAAGGAAAACAAGAGGCUGUAAAAGAUAGGCAGCUUUUCUUAAAGUGCUCACCAGGCCUGACCAGCGAUGGGUGUUCUGCAGCAAUAUGCCAAUAUUGCCAAGACUGUCGUUUGUGUCUGAAUUCGCAGAAGGCUGGGGAGGAGAAAGUGCUGUUUUUAAGGUCUGUUCAGGUCUGCAUGAAGUCAUACGUUAGUAAAAUGCAUGUGAAAGUCCAGUGGAUCUGAUCAUGUUGUACGUCAUCAUCCUGACUCUGUAUGCUGUAACCUUCCAUACAUCUGUGCUGUCAAACAAUAUUUUUAUGCAUGCCAAAGAGAGACAUUUACUACAUUUAGUAUGCACAAUUUUGUCUACAAAAGGAGGAAACAUAAUACUUUGGCAAGUUAACUGUAGAAAAAUAAAAGCCGUUUACAUUUCAA